AUGCUGGCGCUGUACCUGAAGAAGAAAGCGAACACAGACCAGGAGGCAGGGACUUCUAGGGGAAGCGAGGCCUUCAUGCGGGAAGCCUUGACUCCUCACGUGCUCCCCGGGAUCAGCUUCGACCCCACCACCCAGUCUUCUGCUGGUGUCACUCUUCCCGCCCAGAACAGGAGGCUCCUUCCCAACACGCAGAAUGCCUUGCACGUGAUCGAUGGGCCUGUGCUCACUGUGACAUAG